CUUCUUCUGUCGGGCUCGCUCGCUCGCUCGCUCGCUGUCUCUUUCUUUCUGAGCUAAAAUUAGCAAUACCCUGUUCGAAACGAGCUCGUUUCAAGAAGACGAGGAAAAACCGUUGAGAGGAAGGAGAGGACCCAUUUGGUGUUCUUGGAGAUCGAUCGAUCCCCAUUCAAGAUUGAUCUCCGGCGAGUCCCGGCAAGAAACAGAGGAGAAGAAAGUUUUGGCAAUGGCCCCCAACCCAUUCUCCUGCGGUUGCCUCCUGUUUUUCCUGUUCGUGGGCGUGGCAUCUUCCUCUUUCCUUCAUGAUGGCAUCUUUGAAUCUCGGGAAGCUGCUGGCCGUAGCCUUCUUCAGGCCAAAACAAGUUGCUCUGUAGACUUUGAGAACCAGAACUACACAAUUCUCACGAGCCAGUGCAAGGGACCCCAAUACACAGCCAAGCUCUGCUGUGGAGCUUUCAAAGUAUUCGCGUGUCCCUUCGCCGAUCGAAUAAAUGACCUCACAACUGAUUGUGCUUCAACCAUGUUCAGCUACAUUAACCUCUACGGAAAAUACCCUCCAGGACUCUUUGCUAAUGAAUGCAGAGAAGGGAACGAAGGUCUCGAUUGUAGCACGGUACCACCAGCAGCUCCAGCUGUGAAGGAGUCCGUCAAUGCGAGUGGAGGCGAGUUAGUGGCAAAACAGUCUUUGUCGUUGAUGCUCGCAGGUGGGUUUGUUACGCUUCUGCUUCAGUUUUUCUGAAGUAAAUUGUCUUUGUAAAGAAAAUGUGAAGGUAUCAUCCUGCGGGCUUAUAUACUUUGUGGAGAUGUUGUGGUCUUUCCUCCACAAUGUCAUAGAGAGCUGCUAUUCUUUUAUAAGAGAUGUCUUAAAUUAUGGCUA